UUUUUUUUUUUUUUUUUUCGGAAAUAUCGCUUACCUCUUUACCGCCCACCUACCGACUCACCAAUAUGCUGGCACUGAGACAAUAAACCAGCCUCGUUUGUAUGCGCUUGUUCAUGUGAUGCAGCCCGGUCAUGGAGAUACGCCUACGAUUUAGACCAUGUCGGGUGCCAUCGAAGAGCGUCUAGCACAAGUGCUUGGGCGCACCAAUAUUGCCGCGCAUGCGCGCUACAUUAUUCCGGCGUUGCUGCUAACCAUGGCGGCGUCGGCGCCCUUGUUGAUAUACAAGCGGCGAUCAACAACUGCCGGCUCGUCGCAACAUGCCGGCGACGAAAAUCUCUUUCCAGAUACAGACCCUGAAAGCACCGAUCCGCCGCUUCUCCAGAAACAUUCCGAGAUCAAGUCAUACCAGACGUCGCACUUUACGUACCCCGGUGUCCGCGUUUUCUACCGACGCCAUCCCAAAGCGGAUCAGUUACCGUCGACGCCUGCUCCCAUACCCCUCCUCGUCUUCGUUCAUGGCCUUGGCGGAAGCGCUGCCCAGUUUACCUCGCUUUUGACGAGCUUGAUCCACGUCUCGUCAUGCUUGGCAAUUGACUUGCCCGGCUGUGGUCUAUCUGAAUAUGCGCCCAAAGACUGGGAUGCGUACAAGACUGAGGCGCUAGUCGAGCUGCUCGACACUAUUAUCCAUGACUACCGCGACAAAACAACCGAUCAAGACGUUGUUUUAAUCGGGCAUAGCAUGGGUACUGCUCUUGCUGCGCGCCUGGCCAGCAAGACAGUUCUCAACCCGGCGUCUAUAUCUAGACAUGUUGUCGGUCUCGUGGCCAUAUGCCCGCCCUCGGAGCCGCCGCCGGUGAAGCAGGCCGGUCUGGCUCGUAAAUUUCUUUCGAUCCCCACACCUAUUUUGGAUUUAUACCGCGCUUGGGACAAAAGAGGCGGCUUGGAGAGUGCCAGUGUCUCUAGAUUCAUCGGCGCUGAUGCCAGCAAGGAGGCCAAGAAACUGCAGUAUCGUUUCAACUGUCAAAGCAGGACACCUGUAUGGCGGCGUAUGGCAUACGGCUUCCUCCCUACUUACCACGACGGGGACACCCAUGGUGGUUUCGCUGGGCGAGAGGUCUGGAAAGGGCUCAAAAUCCCAGUCUACUUGGUUGCGGGACGCGACGAUCAUAUCACAAAGCCAAGUGAUGCCGAGAGGAUCCGUGAAUGGCUUUCAGAGGAUGUAGAUUCGACUGCAUCACCUCGAGACGGGCCCAUUAUCGUGGAUAGUGCUGCUCCUUUGGAGGUUCCCAUAGAGCGCCCCGAUACUCGGGGCAAAUCUCGGAUCGAAGACCUUACCGACGAAGACUUUCAGCGAGCCCGACAUAGAGUCAGCCUGGACGAUCUUCAGGAGGACCCCUCGACACCACGUGAAGGGUCCACUGAAAUCCCAACGUCGCCAUUGCGGCCCAGGAGGUCUGUGGAACUCAUUAUCUUGCCGUCGCCGGCGACACACGCCCUUCUCUACGCACCGUCAACGGCGCGCAUGCUGGCAGGCCUGGUGUCAGAUUUUCUAAGCACGAGCAUCAGCGGUCGCCUCUCACUCGGCUGGCAGCUCCAAUACCUUUCCAAGGAGGGAAAGUGGGACGUCAAGAACUUGGCCAAGUGGAAAAACGUAGAGCCAGUCUCUGACCCGAUAGCGGGGAUAUUCAGGGCUAUGAAGACUUUGCGCGAGGUCGAUGAGAUUCACUCCCCGAAGUCUUUCGUUGAGAAUUGGGGCCACAGCAUCAGGGACAUCAUCGACAUAUCACACGACACGCCGGUCUACGAUCCAGCAGGAUUAGAGGCAGGCGGCAUUCGAUACCACAAGUUUCCGUCUGUGUCCAAAAUACCGCCUACCCCAGAAGAGGUCGAGGCCUUUAUUGCUCUUGUCGACAAGGUCAGGGCGGAACAGCGGGAGAAGCUUCAAGGGGAUAUGAAGGCUGCGGUUGCUGUACACUGUCACUAUGGUUUCAACCGGACAGGAUUCUUCAUUGUAUGCUAUCUUAUUGAGCGCGUUGGCUUUAGCGUGCAGGCUGCCAUUGACGAAUUUGCUCGUGCGCGGCCUAAGGGGAUUCGCCACCAGCAUUUUCUCGAUCAGCUCUUUGUGCGCUACUCGUCACUGGACAUGAAAAGAAAACAGGAGCAGUAAACGACGGCCAGUCAGAUGCCGGUUUGUGCGUGGCGCUUCAGUGUGCUGGGUGAAUUUGAAGUUUGCCGUACUUAUUUCUCGAUGUUGAGGCUGUUGACUUGGGAAAUAUCAAUCCAAGUAUGGUACCUGUUAUAUACCCCCUUUUUUUGCAUUGGAUGGAGCGUCAGGAAUACAUUAUUAGGUAAUAGAGGACUUGAUAUCUUGAUGGGAUUCAAGUACAUGUGAUAUCUGCCCAUUGCCUCCGUGACAAGUGUGGUGUAUGGAAUGCGAAUCGCAAGCGUCUCAAAGUGACCAGGGCCUCCAAUACAUGCAACAUUUGCCGGUUCUUAACAACAUCCUGUAGCUUUGGCAGGUCAGAAGCAAGCAUUGUAUGAGAAGGGGAUCGCGUAUGCGUUUAAUCUAUCAGGAUCUAAUCAAUAUUUUGAGUCAUUAUAUUGCGCGCAAUUUGAAUGCGUUUCCAUCAGUACAGACAUUUUAUAGUGUAUAAUACAGCC